GCUCGUCACAUGAUCAGCUGACGACUGCUUCUCUUCUGAUGGAUGCGGGAUUUACAGACUUCGCUGCUUCCCAGGGUUCAUCGGUAUUCAUUUCUCUUCAAAAUAGAACAAUUUAAUAAAAGUACAUUAAAGCUUCGGGUUUAUUCGUGGGAGAACCGUUAGAUAGCAAAAGUGGCGCUGUUGCUGGAGUGGAUGAUGAACGGACACGCAAUUUUAUACACCGGGGUCACUUUGGCCUUCUGGACGACCAUCCUGAUCGUCGGUACUUGCUAUACGAUUUUUGACCUUGGAUUUCGAUUUGAUGUGGCAUGGUUUUUAACAGAGACUUCCCCCUUUAUGUGGGCUAAUCUUGGAAUUGGUCUGGCCAUCUCUCUGUCGGUUGUUGGAGCUGCAUGGGGGAUUUACAUGACUGGAUCCAGCAUUAUUGGUGGUGGUGUCAAAGCCCCAAGAAUCAAGACCAAAAACCUUGUCAGCAUUAUCUUUUGUGAAGCUGUUGCCAUUUAUGGGAUCAUCAUGGCAAUUGUCAUAAGCAAUAUGGCAGAGAACUUCAGUGGUACAACACCAGAGACUAUUGGGGCAAGGAACUACCAAGCAGGUUACUCCAUGUUUGGCGCUGGUCUUACUGUUGGCUUCUCGAACCUCUUCUGUGGCAUCUGUGUUGGCAUUGUGGGUAGUGGAGCCGCUCUGGCUGAUGCUCAGAAUGCCAGCCUCUUUGUCAAGAUCCUCAUCGUCGAAAUUUUCGGCAGUGCCAUUGGUCUGUUUGGAGUGAUAGUAGCCAUUUUGCAGACAUCGAAAGUAAAAAUGGGGGAUUAGAUGACUACAGGACCUACAGAUCAAAGAUUGUUGCCGGUGCAAACGGAGGGUGUAAAUACAUAGUAAAUUAUUUAAAUGUAUUUUUCUUUGUGUCUGUUUUUAAUCAUCAUUUUCGGAAAACUGAAAUUUUGUGUGUGCACCAAUUUGUCUUAAAAAGAGUGCAUGGAAUCUCCCACACAUAGUUUGGAAAGAUAAGUGUAAAAAUGUGAUGGUAUUAUCAAACAUUUUCGAUCUUUUAAUAAAAAUAUAUUUUAUUUGUUAUGAAAAUAUAGUCCAAUAAAUAUAAACCCAGUGAGGAAUCUGACUGUCAGUAGACUCGGGAUUAGGGUCUGUUUUGAAUUGUUCACUGUAAUUGUUGUGUACAGUACAGAAAGUGAAAGUUGCAUUCGUUGGCUGUAAAUUGUGUAGUAUUCUCUUGGUCGUUGUAUGCAAGAAUUUCUCGAAAUAGCGUGACCGGCACCUGAUGUAUCCAGUGAGCUUGACUUAUCCUCACUCUCGUGUUGUGUUCUUUCACACACUGCUGACUUCAAGCUACUGAAUUCAAGUAAAUGCCUGUGUCUACGAAAACGGUAAUCAUACCAAAAAUGUCUCCAAUCUCAUUUCUACCAGUGUAAAAUCUCAAAUCUGUAGGGCACCCUUCAAAUCUGUUUGUUUUAAGAUGAGAGGAUAUAAUAAUCUGAUGUUUGUACAUAUUAAAUGCAGUUGUUUGUUUGUUUUGUGAAGCAUGAGGGUGUUAACCAUUCUGUAUUUUCCUAGAUACAUAUUGUCUUGUGAUUUUUGUUUUGUUUUGUUUAUUUUGUUAAGCAAGAAGUGGUCUUGAUCUUCAGGUCACUGUGGUUACUGCAGAGUAUGUUUAAACUCUAGAUACAAGCUGUUUGAAAGAUAUGCAACUAUAUCUUUGUUGCUUGGUUCAGGUGGUCCUAAAAACUGUGUUGCUUUCCAUAGCAGAACGCAACUGCACCACAAACAGUUCUUGAGGUUAGACUUGGCUGUAAAGUUUAGUUACUGUAGGUAGAUGUCAUAUUUCAAUUUAAUGGACAUCAAGCAAGGUACAUGACAAUACUACCCUGUAAGCUUGACUGUGCUUUAUCCUUUGUGUUCUUUAUUCACUUAAAAUGAAUUGCAUCAUGUAGCCAGAUUAUGGUAUACCGGUUCUGCAGUGCUAUAUGUGACCCGCUGAUUAUGAGAACCAGCUUUAAAUGGUCUGUUGGCCUUCACUUAGAUCAUUCAAAAUGCUUUUUCUGUCUUUAAUGUUUUUGUAAAGUGCAGGUAUAUACUAAACAUGAUCUUACUAACCCCUACACUGUACAUAAACACAAAUGGAGAUCUCUUUUGAUCUUAAAGUUUGUGGUUUCAAGUCAUGAGACACCCCAUCUCUGGUAGCUCUAUGGUGUUGUGAAUAGCUCUCAAACUGGUGACCAAGAGUCUCAUUCAUUUACAAACAAGUCUGACUGGUGGUGUUGGUUAUUGAUUUUUUUUAUAUACAGUACAUGUUUAUUUUGAAACAUUCCAAAUCAUACAUGGUUUUAAUAACUUAACCUGCUGUUACCACUGAAUAAAAUGCAGCAGAUGUGCCCUUACAGAUAGAGAGACUGCUUUGAGUCUCAGUGUUCUCCAGGACCUGGAUUGGGUGUGUAGUGUAGUGGUUCAGGGGUCUUAUGGUAAGGAUGGAAAUGUGUUUCUGAUGUUUAUGUGGUGAUUUCAUUGUUUUGAUGUGUACAUUUGGAUCCUCUUCAUAACUGUCCUUGAAGAAAUAAAAGUCAUGUGAAAGUAAAUUCAA